UUAUCAAUGCUAACCUAUUAAACAUAUCCAAGAUUAUAAUUCAAGCAAAUAUGUUCUUCUUUAUAUACGGCAGAGUAACAGAGGAAUUAUGGAAAUAUUCUUGGUUUCUGGAUAUGUUUCAAUGCAUCAGUACAACGAUUAUAAAUAAACCAUAUCUACUGAUUUUAUUUUUCGUUAUUAUUCUGGUCAUGUAUUUUUCGUUAACAACUUAUAAUAGAGUUGUUGACAUGACGGAUAUCGGUUAUGAUGAUGGAAGAACGAAUGCGAAGAAAUUACGCAGAAAACGAAUGCAGUUAUUAAAAGAAACAAAUAGGUUAAGAAGAGCCAAUGAAUUUCCUCCCGUUUAUCCAAAUGGAUGGAUACCGUUGUUAGAAUCCAGAGACUUACCUGUUGGGAAGUGCAAGCCUGUUACUGCUCUAGGUCAGCAAUUCGUUAUAUUUCGCGGAAAAACAGGUAAAACUUUUGCUUUGGACGCUUAUUGCCCUCAAUUGGGCACUCAUUUAGGAAUCGAUGACAAGAUCAACGAGGAUUGCAUCGAAUGUCCUUUCCAUGGAUGGCGAUUCUCUGGAUGGAAUGGUCAUUGUGUAAAAAUACCUCAUGCUGAGAAAGUUGCAAAAGAGGCGAACAUAAAAUGUUGGGAAACAAUCGAGCAAAACGGAUUUAUUUACAUCUGGCAUCACGCAGAAGACCAACCUCCACUCUGGAAACCUGCAGUUAUACCAGAAAUACAAGACGGAUUAUGGCAUUAUAAAGGACGUACCGAACACAUUGUUAAUUGCCACAUUCAGGAAAUUAUGGAAAAUGGAUCAGAUUUGGCACAUUUCGAUUGCCUUCACAAAUAUGGUAUUUCGUCCGAAAUCAUUCUGCAUCCGAAAAAUUGGUGGAAAUUUUUUCAGAAUACGUGGAAGAUUUCCUGCUCUCCAGUAUGCGCAUCAAAUUUCCACUGUUACAAAUAUUCAGGAAGUGCGUCCGUUCAAUUGUUUGGAAUAUGUGUUCUAUGGACAACCUUUAAAAUCGAAGAGAUUGGCCCAGCAAUAAUCCAUUCGUAUUUGCAAAGUACUUUUGGAAGUAGUUUAUUUGUACAAAGUAUUAUACCCGAAGGACCGUUUCGACAGAGAUUUAUCCGCCAUUAUUACUCUUCUUUUCGAUUUUCAACCUUACUUGAUUAUAUUGCCAUGUUUUGGGAAUCUCGUUUGAUCGAGCGUGACGUUCGCAUAUGGAACUACAAAAUGUAUCGGAAGAAUCCAGUUUAUGUCUCAGAAGACAGAACAGUUGCGAAAUUCAGAAAAUGGUACGCUCAGUUUUACAGCAAAAAUAGUCCGAAGGCUAAAGAAAAGAGAAGUAAUUGGUAAUUGGAAGUCGUUUAUAUUUUAGAAGCUCCGGAUGGAACUGAAUAUUCGUAAAUGACAUUCACGAUUAAUUUUCUUAUUGUCACAAAGCGCUAAAGUUAACGAACCUCUCGAAAAUUAUAAUUAAAUAUUGUUUAUUGUAUUCUUAAAAUAUUUUCA